UCGAUAGCUUGAAUCGUUAGCAGCACAGUUAACAGUGUCUGGUCAGCUGCUGUUAGUCGGCGCACGUUUUCAUAAACAUUUAGUUUUGUUGACAAUAACACAUAAUUGCAAAAUGUCGUCCUGGAAGAAAGCUUCCAAGAGCAACCAAAAGGUGCACCGCGAGCGUCAUCAGCCCGAGAGUCGCCAGCAUCUGGGUUUGCUCGAGAAAAAGAAGGAUUACAAGAAACGCGCAGUCGAUGCACAUCGCAAGGAGAAAACACUGAAGCUGCUGCACAAGCGCGCGCUGAACAAGAAUCCCGAUGAGUUCUAUCAUCACAUGAUCAACUCCAAGCUGCAGGACGACGAGCAUCGUGAAAAGGAUGCCAAGGAUGAGCACACCGUAGAGCAAAAGGCGCUCAUGGAAACGCAGGAUCUUAAAUAUGUGCUAAUGAAACUGCAGGUGGAGCGCCGCAAAAUGGAGCGUCUGCGUGCCACACUUGUCGACGUAGACUCAGUUGCGGCACAAAACAAACGCUUUACUUUCGAUGACAAGGGCCACAAGCGCAGGGCGGCUCCAACAUUGGGCGAGCGCCUGCAAAACGGCGAGGGCGAUAUGCCCGCUAAGCCACAGCCUGCAGCCACAUCAAACAGCGAAAAGCAGCAGCGUAUCAAUGAGCUAAAUAAACGCAUACAGCGCGAACGGGAGCUGAGCAUUGUUAAGCAGAAAUUGGAAGUGAAAAAGGCGCUCAAGCAGAAGCGUCUGCAAAAGCCCAAGAAAAUAAAGGGCGGUACUAAGGACAGUGCACCAGUCUACAGAUUCAGCUACGAGCGUAAGAAAUAACUUAAUUUCCACUAUCAAUGUUUAUUAUACGUAUGCGCUUAAGAUACCAAUAUAAGA